AUGACUUGGAUACUUUCCACCGUAUGGGAGGUCCUUGCACUGUGUCUCGCGGUCUGGAUUACUGUAAAGCAAUUCCGUGAACUGCGGCGACACUCAACAAGAGGUAUUAUCGGGGACUGUUUCACGGUGUUGAUGCAAACUCACGUUAGUUACUUUGCGAGUUUUUUCGCUAUCUCUUGCUUCCAGAUCGGUUUCUUCUCUUCAACACUCUUAGCGAUUUAUUUUGGUCUCGCUGAGAUAUUCCAGGUCGUGCAGAUGUUUGUGCUAGGAUCAUGCCUCAUCCUCGGUGUUCGAGAAUAUCACGCUGAGCUCGUGGCUAACUCUGAUACAGCAAGCGCUAUGACUUCAAUUGCUUUUCAGGAGCGCGUCCAUGUAUCAACUAGCAAUAGGAGCGGGAAAAUGCACAUUUACUUUGAGGUUGUUCAUUCAAAGCAGCUUGCCACUUCAGGAACGAGUACAACGGACAUGGAUGAGGGCGAUGGAGCCUUCGGUGCUGCAGUUCAAAAUACCAAGUACCGAAUGGCAACGACAAAGCAAGUGCAUAACUCGACGGUUAGGCGGCUCACUACGGCCUUGCAAGGGUGUGGGAGUCUCACAGGCGCCUGUUUCCGCAUGCUGCACUUGCAAGAGGCGAGAGGUCAGCGAGAGGUUGUGGGAGUUGCGUGAGGUGCUUGCAGGUCAACCGGUCAUCUGCAGCGGUCUGCAAGCAAGGAAUGCACUGAGUGUGAC